AGCUACUCCAGGAACAGAGGUGUCAUGCAGCCCCGGGUGCUCCUCGCUGUGACCCUCCUGGCACUCCUGGUCUCUGCCCGAGCUGAGGAGAUCCAGGAGUCCUCCCUCUUGGGGGUCAUGAAAGAUUACAUGCAGCAGGCCUCCAAGACUGCCAACGAGAUGCUGACCAAGGUGCAGGAGUCUCAGGUGGCCGAGAAUGCCAGGGAGUGGAUGACUGAAAGCUUAGAUUCCAUGAAAGGCUACUGGACCUCCUUGAUUGGCAGGCUGUCGGGGUUCUUGGACUCCACCCCGAGCUCCUAGGACAGCUGCGAGUUCAAGGUUCCAAGUGCCUGUCCACCCAUCCCGCCAGCUCUCGGGGUCCUGUGAUCCCCAGGGCCUCCCCCCGAAUUUGCUUGAAAGGGACAAUGCUCUCAGUGCCUCCCAGCCCUCCCCAGACCUGGCCACCUGCAAUCUCGCUGCCUCCCAAUAAAGCUGGAUGAGAAGC